GGCCACGGGUCAAUAGCCCAUGAGGCGAAACCGGGCUAAGGGUGUAAUUCUUAAUUAGACUCCGUACUGAGCAAAAAUUUCAUUAUUCAUCUUACAGUAAAGUUCUACAGCUGCUUUGAACUCUUGGCUUUGUCCGAUUCAUUGACAGGUCAAUUAAAUAUAAGCAAUGGCAGGGUUAUCAGAUUAACACGCGCCUGCUACAAGAAAAUGAAUAGCUUACAAUGCUAUAUUUGUUGACAUUUAAACUAUGAAAUGCUAUAAAGCUACAAAAAUCAAUGCUUCUAUUUAGAAUUUUUUGGCCCUUAGUAUCAUCAGUAUAUCAUUUAGUCAAUCAUCACCGAAAUCGCAUUUCACAUUUGGUUUCACUGCGCCAUCACCAUAUAAUUGUAAAUUGUUUUCUGACCAGUCAGUAUUGACUAUGGACGGACAAGUCUGGGUAAGCCUAUUGUGCCCAUGUGAUGAAAGGGAGGUACCCCCACUCGGCUGUUCAAUGGUGAACAUCACUAGAAUGUAGGAACUCACUUGAUUAGUAUGUUGAAAAGCCUUAUAAGUGUGCAGAAAAUCAAAAUCUAUAUGGAAGAAAUCCAUGACAGGACUUCUCUUUGCUGAUCUAUUAGUGCUACAUCAACCAGAUUUCAUCACAUUUGUUUAUUUUGGUAGAAGGUCUUACGUGCCCACCAGCACGGAGACAAACAGAUGAUGGUUGAUAUAUAACAUGAAUUGUUUUCUCUCAGGACCUCUGUUGCCUGAAGCUCUUGAUGUGCUAAAUAUUCCUUUUCGCCAAAGGCAGGAGCUCACAAUUAACUUGAGUGGAGGAGGUGAAUGGAAACUCUUUUCAGAGAAAAUGGGCUUAACUCCAGCAGAGAUCCACUUCCUCGACAAGCGAGUGAUAAACCCAUGUGACGUCGCAUUGAGCCAUAGUAGACGACAAGGUUUCAUAAGAAGUGUGGGUGAUCUCUACGAUGCUUUGGUAGAAUGUGAUUUUCCUGCAAUGGCUGAUUUGCUGUAAAGAAAGAAUCGCAUCCUCAAUAGAUCGAUGAAGUUGUUUUCUACAGGAAUUCCUAAAAUUAGUUGGCAAACCUAUAUUUCAAACUCUGUUUGUCAAGAUUAUCAAUCCAUUUUCGUUUUUAAUUAUAAAAUACAAUUUUAAGCCACGGCCAAACGAUCGCAACGUUUAAAUGCAACAUAUGCCCCCCUAUUGCGACGUGUUGCAACUCGUUGUUUGACCAUUUUCAAACUUGAGCCAACGACACCCAUUAUGUCGCAACAGGGUGGUCAAACAACGUUACGAUAAGUUGCGUUGAGACUUGCUAUUUUGUUUUUUUUUUUCGAUCAUGCCUAAUAGUUAUGAGAGGUAAAUAAAAUCCCACGAAGCCACUUUCCAUAAAAUAGUAAGUAAUUUGACUCGAUACUCCUAUAUGUCGCGUUAAAAUGUUGGGCGCUCGUUUGACAGGGGCUUUAUGUUUUGACCCGCUAGCAGUUUUCUUCUGUGAAAAUUAAAUCGUAACGAGAAACCAGAGAUAAACUAAGUGACUUAAGCUUUUCCAAAAUAUAUUUUUGUCGUGUAAUGAAAUAUUUUUUAUAGUAAUGGUGAUUGUAGAAAUUUACAAAUUGCUUCCAGUCAAAGUAGAUAUAUCAUAUUUUUAACCAUUCUUGAUUAAAAUUAUUAAAUGCAGUUUUUGUUUUUGAAAUACCAAUUUUUCUAGCGUGAUUGUGUUAUAGUGUUCCUAUAAGUGGUGUGCGAUGGGCUCUCCUUAGAGCAGUGCCUGUGGUAACAAGAUAUGAAGAUCUAAGUGAUUUCACGAAUAACUAUAUUCAAAGGAAAUAUUACCUAGAAAUUUUUACCACAUUGUUUCUUAGUUCCUUUCAGCUUUGCACCAUUUAAGUUAGAUUCCAGUUUUCCGUAGUUUGAAACUUGUCAAUCAGCAUCGCUGCUUGGAAUUAAGUAAUGUAAAUUUGCGAUUAAUAGGACAAAUUUUAGCCGUGUGCCAGAAUGCGCGUUAAUAUACCGGUAGGCUGUUUGCAAGUGUCUGGGCCUCGCGCCUGUGUAAACAAUAUAUUAGCUAUUUUAGUUUACGAUAAGCUAUAUUAAUA